CAAAAUGGUGUACCUUCAGUUCCUCUUUCUCGUUCUGACUUCUCUCCUCUAUCACGGAAGUGUCCAGGCUCAAUAUUCACAUAGCAAACUGAUAAUAAGCGGUGCCAAUGCAGCUCCUAAACUAAUUCCGAAUCAAGUCUUUGUUGACCAACGCCUAUCGGAUUCAAUAGAUUCCCUUAAAAUCUACUUUGGAGCCGUCGACAUAACCAAUAUUUAUGAAACGGGACAACAACGUUUGAUAGUAAAGCGAAAGAAUAUUAUCGUUCAUUCAGAGUAUGAUCCACACAAAUUGCUGAAUGAUAUAGCUCUGAUCAGAUUACCAGCUGAAAUUCUAUUUGAUGAGUAUAUUCAGCCUGCUAAGUUGCCUGAUCCAGACAAAUUAUAUGAUAACGAAAUUGGAGUUGUUUCCGGUUGGGGAAUAUUUGAUAGAAAUUCCUGGAGUACGCCAAACAAUCUACAGUGGUUUAACGUAACCAUAUUCCCUUAUGAAGAAUGCAAACGACUUGUGCACAAAUACGAGGGAUUCCACGCAUCAUUCUAUCCAACAUCGAAUAUUUGUUUGAAGCCCAGUCAAGGCUUAACAUGUAAUGGCGACUCUGGUGGCCCAUUGGCGAUUCGGAAUGAAGACGGAACCACUACUAUAGUGGGCCUCACAUCAUUCGGUUUGGAGGACACUUGUGAGCCCAAUAUGCCUGACAUUUUUACAAGAGUCUCAUCGUUUUUACAAUGGAUAAAAGAAAAUGAAUGAAAAGUUUGAGAAAAUAAGAAAAAUAAGUAAAUAAUAAUCAACAAAUAUGUAAAUAAUUUUGUAAUGAUCUUCUGUGUAAAAAAUUUAAAAAUUAUAAAAAUAUAUGUAUAUGGAAUUUUAA